AUGUCCUCCUCGAAAACACAACCCAAGGCAGUCCAGCAGAGGCCUUCCACGCAGGACAUCCAGCAGCAGUAUAAUCGAUACCAAAGCGACCUCCAGACCCUAGCGAGCAAGAUCGGCGAGUUCGAGCAGGAAGUUGAGGAACACAAUCUCGUACUUUCUACUCUCGAUGAAGCUCUGACAGAGGAGCCGGAUCGCAAGUGUUUCCGACUAGUGGGCGGUGUGCUUGUUGAACGCACAGUCCAGGACGUCGUCCCGGCCCUCCAGACCAAUCGCGAUGGGAUCCAGAAACUCAUCGCGAGUCUGACGGAGCAGUACAAAGGCAAGGAAGAGGAAUUUGAGACUUUCAAGCGAGACUUCAACAUUCGGCCCAUGCCCGCAAGCUGA